GGGAACACGUCCUCUCCUUCGCCGCGUGCACUGGGAAUGCAGAGAUCAUCCGCAUGGUCAUCGAGAGCGGGGCUGACAUCAGGGCCGUCGACUCCAUGGGCAACACGGCCCUGCACGUCCUCGCUCUGCAGCCCAACAGGACCAUCGCCUGCCAGGUGUACGACCUCAUCGAGAGCUUGGAGGAGCCGGACGCCUCUCUGAGGGCCAGCCUCCUCCCCAACCUCGAGGGCCUCACGCCCAUCAAGCUGGCCGCUGUCGAGGGCAACAUUGUGAUGUUCCAGCACCUGAUGAACAAGCGGAGGCUGACGCAGUGGACCUUCGGUCCGGUCUCCAACUGCCUCUACGAUCUGUCCGGGAUCGACUCCUGGGGAGAGGACUACUCCGUCCUGGAGCUGGUGGUGGCCAGCAAGAGGACAGAGGCUCUCUCCAUCCUGGAACUGCCUCCCCUCAAGCAGCUGAUCUCCCUCAAGUGGAACCGCUACGGCAAGUUCUACUUCUGGCUGCUGACCCUGCUGUACCUGGCCUACAUCAUCACCUUCACCCUCUGUUGUACCUACCGUCCCCUGAAACCGCGCACCAGCAACGUCACCGACCCCCGGGACACCACCGUCUUCGUGCAGAGAACGCUCCAGGAAGCGUACAGUGCAGAGGGUGACCACAUCCGGCUGGUGGGAGAGGUGGUCAGUGUCAUGGGGGCGAUCGUAACGCUAUUGCUAGAGAUCCCGGACAUUCUCCGUUUCGGUGCCCGGCGAUAUUUUGGGAGAACUGCCCUCGGGGGACCCUUCCACGUUAUUAUAAUCAGCUACGCCUGCCUGGUGCUGCUGAUCCUGGCCCUGCGGCUGACAGACACACAGGGGGAGGUGUUGGCCAUGUCGCUGGCCCUGGUUCUGGGCUGGUGUAACGUCAUGUUCUUCGCCCGUGGAUUCCCCAUGCUCGGACCGUUCACCAUCAUGAUACAGAAGAUGAUCUUCGGGGAUCUGCUCCGGUUCUGCUGGCUGAUGUUCCUGGUCCUGCUCGGAUUCACGGCAGCUUUCCACAUCACGUUCCAGACCCUGGAGCCGGACCUGUGGCCUCACUUCCGAGAUUUCAGCACCUGCCUCUUCACCAUGUUCCAGCUGUUCCUGGGGCUGCUCGACAUCCCCAUCAACUACGAGAAGUGGACGCCGGCCAUCAUCAAGGUCCUCUACGUCUCCUACAUGGUGUUCGCCUUCCUGCUGAUGGUCAACCUGCUCAUCGCCAUGAUGGGCGACACGCACUGGCGUGUGGCGCACGAGCGAGACCAGCUGUGGAGGGCCCAGGUCGUGGCCACGACCAUCCUCCUCGAGAGGCACUUGCCAAGGUUCCUGUGGCCGAGGGUGGGCAUCGAUGGGGAGAGCGUGGGUCUGGGCAACAGCUGGUACCUCAGAGUGGAAGAUCGUAUCGACGUGGGGGGCCAGAAGGUUCGACGUUAUGCCCAGCACUUCCGGCCUGCGGAGCAGGCAUCCCGCGAGAAGGGGCAAAGGUCGCCAGCGGGGCAGGGCUGGGAGAUCGUCCGUCGAACGGCUCUGCAGGGCGAGGGGCCCGACCGGGUCUAUCACGUGUGAACAGGGG